AUUAAACAACCCGUGUAGGGUUUUACGUAGAAUACCCCAAAGAACCAGUGUAUGUUGUAGUAAAUUCUAUUUUGGAGUUUCGUACCGGAAAUAGCUGUAGCGUCUGUGCCCUUAUUUUAACUGGUUGCUGUCAGAAUUUGUAGUCUCGUCCACAACUUAAGAAAGACCGCACCGACUUGUGAGUUAUGUCUCGUAGGAGUUGUCGCCUGGUGUCCACCGGUUACUACAACUCUGAUGACGAAUCCGACUCGAGUAGUGUGACAAACAUUUCGUACAGGGAGAACCCAGUCAAGGUUUUCAAGAAGAAGGCCGGCACCCGCAAGGCCGCCUCCCGCACCUCCAGCAGAGCCAACAGCAAUGCUAGCUCGACAAGCUUUGAGUCACCUGUUGCCACAGCCAGGAGACCUUCUUUGAGCACCCAGACAGACCUGUCAAUGAGGACUGUGUCCUACACCACCCCCAGGGCCACCCCUCGGCCCUCCCUAACCCCAGCAGCAUCGCCAACACAUCAGACCCCCACCCACUCCCCGACGCCGCCCCCAGAUAGGUUUCGCAGCUCCAGCCAAGCAGUACUGUACCUGCGACCCGACCAGAAUAAGAGUUGCAUAGACAGCUCGGGCUACUCCUCCUCUGAGGGCGCCAAUCUUAGACCGCCGGCUAACACUGCUAGGACCUGCACCACCAGCUCCACCACUACCAGCAGCAACAAAGUCAGAAGUAACAUUGGGUCUGCCGGCAUUGGAUACAGAGUUCGACUCAACAACGCCGCCUAUAGUUUUAAGGAGUCCCUAUCAGCAAUGACCACAAAAAUAAUACAUCUGACAUCUUUAGCCACUAAAUGCUUACUCAGCAACCAAUCAAAGAAGAUUUGCAUUUCUGUCUUCCUUCUUGUUGCCGUUCUUGCCUGUGUUUGGUUCCUUCCUCCAUUGUUGCCCUCUCUCACCUCCAUCAUGCUCCUCAUAAAGAACCCGUCAGAGGCCACCAAGCUCAUGCAUCAAAAUGUUCAACCCCCCAUUCUGUCUUCUCAGCCAAACACCAUACAGCCCACAUCUGCAACGGAUUCUGCCUUUCCCUCUGUGCCUUUUGAUGUGGAAGCAAAGAUGCAGCAUCUUUUGGAGGAUCUGCAGCUGAAACAGGAGCUCCUCUACAAGAUCAAGGAGCAAUUUGAGAUGGACUUACAGAGUAUGAGGGAUGAUCUUAAGGCAGUGGAGGCGAGUAGUGGGUUGCACCUUGACCAAGAGGUCACUAUACUGGGAAAGCGGAUACAUGACCAGAAGCAGGAUUUCCACGGGGUCUUCUCCACUCUCAGCGCCAGAAUCCAAGCUGUGGAAGCCCACAAUGCUGAGUUGUCUAAGGAGGUGUCGUCCAUCCAGUUGCUGCCUCCUCCGGUGCCUUGCCCUGACAUCAGUGCCACCUCCAGCCAAAAACAUCUCACAUCAGAGCUCCAGCAGGCCAUGGAGAAGUGGCUCACUGACCGCAUCCAGGCUCAGGAUGCAAUGAGACUACAGGACAAGAGAACCCACUCAGACCUGCAGCCUGUUGCUAACAAGAUGGCUGACUUCGCCUUGGAAACUCAAGGGGCCAGCGUGGUCAGCACCCGCUGUUCUAACACAUAUCAGACCCGCACUGCAUGUGUCACCUUUUUUGGAAUCCCAUUGUUGUACCCCACCGAAAGCCCCCGCACUGUCAUUCAGGGCCACCCGGUGAUGCUUCCAGGCAAAUGUUGGGCUUUCCAUGGCGUCCAGGGGACGCUCGUCAUCGCCCUGUCUCACCCCAUAAAGAUAACGCACGUGACGCUGGACCACGUGCCACGCUAUAACACCCCCAAUGGUCGCAUUGACUCUGCCCCCAAGGACUUCGCUGUCUAUGGGAUGAAGAACGAAGUGGAAGAAGGAACGCUGCUGGGAGCGUUCACGUACAACAAGGAUGGCGAGCCCACGCAGACUUUUGAGAUUCCCAACCCCAGGGAUGUAGUCUAUCAAGUUGUGGAGCUGCGCGUCCUCAGCAACUGGGGUCAUGUAGAGUAUACGUGCCUCUACCGCUUCCGCGUGCACGGCAUCAUGGCAGCCGCCACAUGAUUGCAGGUGGUGAGUUCCACCACUAGGGGCCGCUAAAUUUUUUGCACUGGUUCUUGAAAGACAAUUCUUUCAAGAGUCGUCACUAUACAGCAAAAUGCUUGGUUGAUAAAAUAAAAAAAACACAGUGUGGAGGUACAUACUUUUUAUUGGACAGGCGCAAUACAUAUCUCAUCAUUUAAUAUAUUUACUAUAGUUUUACUUUGCCUGCUGAAAGAAUGUACCCAAUUAAAAUCAGGCUAAAAUGAGACAUAUUCACCUUAACUAUUCCUUUUCUUCUUGUUACUUAAAAUACUUGAACACCUUUUCUAGCAACGUGUUGAUCCAUGAUGCUCGUCUUUAAAAAAAAAAAAAGAAAAGAAAAAAAACUUGAAUUGUAUAUAAAUCAGAAGCCAGGAAAGAAAAUGUAUUUGUUUGACAAAGAAUAUACUUGUGUCUGUGUUACAGGACUUUAAUGCAGAAAUUAAAAUGUGUGGUGAACGAUACAAAUGUCUAGGACUGCCGCACCGAAAAGAAAAACUUGGAAAAUGUCAGAAAUAAAACUUGUAGAUGAUAAAGUGGUUUUGCUACAUGGCUAAAUUAAGAGAGUAAAAUCUCUGUUUUCAUCGUAAUUAAGUUUAUAUAUAUAUAUUUAAAAAUAGUAAUAAUAGGACACUAAAGUUGUAUUUUAAAUAUAUACUUUUUAUAUUACCUUUGUACUAUACAAAGUAUAAUAAAGUCCAACUUUAAUCUGACUUAAUUUUCACCAUGUCAUAACUUAAUUAUUGUAAUAUUUAAACAUUUUACUUAUUUGCAUUAAAUUCAGUCUUCCUACUCUAUUCCCGAAUAUGUCAUUAGGCAAAAUUGAAAUCUUCUCUUCUCGUAAAAUCACAACUUUAUUGUUAGAUGAUUAAAACUUUAUUUUUGUAGCUAUCUAGCUAGAGAUGGGUAAACAAGACCUUUGUGAGUGUGUGUCACACUCACUAGCAGCGUUGACACCACUGAUACCGUGUUGGUGUCAUUUUUUUGUUUGUUUUUUUAUAAGAAUAUUAAGGAUCAAAAUGAUCUGACUCUGGAACUUUUAAGUUUUCUUAGUUCCAUUUAGAUCGUUGAUGUCUUCUUUCAGGAUGAGCUGUUAUUCGUGCGUGAGCCGAAAAGAAGCAUUUCCUCUGUUUGGCGCCUCACAAACGACACAGCGGUCCUAUUUUCUAUUAGAUUCACACAUCAAGGUGUAUCACUUUAAACAGGCAUCAAUAAUUCUGUAUCGUUUGACCCGUCACUAAUUAAGACGUUACAUUUUGAAUGUCACAAUUUUAUUUUCAAUGCCGUCAAGAACGAUGGGACUUUUCCAAAUGUAAAACACGACUUUAUUUUCCCAAAAUUACAAAUGUAUUUUUGUAAAAUAUCUUAACUUUAUUGUAAUAUAAUUAAUUUAUUAUAAAUUGUACUAGGGUUGUAUGGUAUACCGGUAUUAGUAUAGUACCGCGAUACUAAUGAAUCAUAUUCGGUAAUAUACCGCCUCUGAAAAGUACCGGUCCGCCAGUCCCCCCGUGUCCUUGUCGUUGUCACAUUGUGUCAUUGCUGGUUUACGAGCAGACGAGCAUGUUCGGCAGCGCACAAUCACUGAGUACUUACAAGCAGACACAGUGUGUAGACAGAAAAAGGAGAACGGACGCAUUUUGGCUUAAAACUAAGGAUAAAGGUGAAGUUAUAACACUGAAACGCCCUCAGGAAGAGGUGCUCUAAGACAUGGCUAGCUAGCUAGCGGCUAAAGUCCAGCCGCAGUCUGCAGUGUUUUAGCUACUUCUAAAUCACUAAUCCUCGCCUCCAUGGCGACAAAUAAAGUAAGUUUCUUACAAGUAUCAUCCCUGCAGGACGAGGAAUAGCUAAACAUGUUUCACUACACACCGUAGCUCACCGGCAUCACUAUGUAAUCAAAUGCCGUUUGUGGAUCUACACCUAACAUCCACUGUAAUGAUACCAAGUACAGGAACGUAUCUAGUCGAUACUACAAUGAUUACGUCGAUAUUUUUUGGCAUCACAACAUCAUCUUUCGGGUUUUUUUUUUAUUUAUAUUAUGUUUAUAAACUCAGGAAAUAUGUCCCUGGACACAUGAGGACUUUGAAUAUGACCAAUGUAUCAGAAUCAGAAUCAGAAUAGUUUUUAUUGCCAUUGUUUGAGAACGGGUUCACAAACUAGGAAUUUUUCUUGGUGCGAUCGUGCAACAUAAAACACAUAUAACACAGAAUAGGUAAUAAAAAGAGCUGUAACUGAGCUAUCAGAUCUUGUUAUUGUUCAUGUGCCUGAUGGCCGAGGAGAAAAAACUGUUCAGGUGGAGGGAGGUGUGGGUCUGGAUGGACCGUAGUCUCCUGCCUGAGGGGACAGGGGAGAAUAGUUUGUGUCCAGGGUGAUCCUGUAACUACUUGGUAUCGGAUUGUUACCCAAAUUUGUGGUAUCAUCCACAACUAAUGCAAAGCAUCCAAACAACAAAAGAAUAAGUGAUUAUUAUAUUUUAACAGAAGUGUAGAUAAAACAUGUUAAAAGAGAAAGUAAGCAGAUAUUAACAGUGUAACGACUUCUGGUAAUACUGAAAUGUUAUCAUUAAUUGCAUAAAUAUCGGCUGUUUUGAAAAAAUUACAACUUGUCUCCUGAUAAUAUCAAUACUUGAUUCAUAAAUGUGUGAGUUCUUAAAUGACCACUGUUUCUGCAAAUACUUUAUUCUUAUAUUGUUAGGACUUUAGUAUUGUUAGGACUUCAGUCCCCACUCCGCAUCCAUGCGGGUCUUGCGUGUGAUCAACCUGUGAUCCCGUUAAAAAGCGCACAGCUGGCCGUCAACCUUACCACUCAAGUCUGAAUGGCGAGUGCGAUGGGCGCCACAAAACCGAGCGAGCCCUUGGGUAACUUGUGUUUUUGAACCUUCGAGUCACUGGCAGAUAACCGCAGCCCACCCAGCAGCUUGUUAUAAGCACCCCAACCAGAACUAGCCAUGCCUUAAAAUUAUUUCUAUAAGAUAUUACUUUUUUUGUUAUAUAAAUACGAGUUAAUCGUAACAUCAUGACUUUACGUAAGUCAAAUCUUAAAGGGGACCUAUGAGGAAAUGUGGAUACAUUUGUGUAGCAGUCAGCGUUGUUUCCUCAUACCUUGCGUGAAACCUAGACGCCAGCAUGAAAGGCGAGCAUGCUAACCACCAAGCUAAAAGCCGCGGCUAUCUGCUCAGAUAGCAGCAACAUAUUCAUGACCCGGUCAAACUGGCAGGUCUGUGUAAAACUUGCACGCAGUUUUGGAUGCCUCUGUUCGCUGUGUUUUGUAAUCUGGCUACGUGGUGACAUCACAGCGAGGUGGAUGUACUACUUUAGUAAGUAAAUGUCACAAAAAAAUGGUAGGAUGAAAUAUUAUUGACAUCUAAUCAUGCACAUGAUACCAGACGUGCAACAUGCGGAGACAUUUUUAUGGAGCUGUGAAUCGAUCGAGUGUGCAGGUGUACCUAAUGGUGUGACCUGGUGAAUCUUUAAUUUAAGGAAGUUUAUUUUCGACUGUCCGGAUAAAAAAAAAAUAUCAGCGAUGAUUUCAAGGUAUAUAUUUAAAUUAUGUGCAUUUUAAAAGAUAAAUGAUACUUUUGGAGAG